UCUAUGUACUUUACUCUUUCGUAUAUUAAUUAUAUCUUUACUCUUUGACGUUGUACCUACUUCCUUCGUCUGUUACUCUUUGUCGGGAAUUGUGAAUGGAGGAGCCGCGAUUUUGUUUUUACUUUUUGUUUCUCUUUAUGUGAUAAGGUAUAAUUUUAGUAAGAAUUGCGUAAGAAAUGACCGCAGAAAACGAACGUGAAAUAUAUCAUAAGUUAGAAGCCAUGAAGGAAAUCAGAAAUAAGACGAUUACUCUAGAGCGGUUAAAGCGUAGUAUACUGAACGAGGUGCGUAGUGGAGACCAAGAAGGUAGAUGUCUAGCUCAAUACAAGAGAGAGAUGGAACUGUUACAGCAGGAGAAGAUGAGCCAUGUUGAGGAACUCCGCCAGAUACAUGCUGACAUCAAUGCGAUGGAAACUGUAAUAAAACAAACAGAGGAGAGUAUGACACGAAAGCUCUCGACAGCGUCACGGCUGCACGAGGACUACCGGCCGCUGAAGGCGGAGGUGGACCUGCUGCGGCGACAGUGCCUCGGCCUCGACCGCCUGCCGGAUCUGCACGAGGAGGAGGGCAGCCCCAUCACACCUGACCGCUUCCCCCCCCUGGCGGGCGGCGCGGGCGCGGGGGCGGGGGCGGGCGGGCGCGCGGGGGCGGGGCCGGGCGCGGGGGUGGGGGGAGGGGGGGCCGCGUUCCUGGCGCCGGCGCCGCGCAAGCCGCCGCCGCCGCCGCCGGCGUUCAGGUCUGCUCUCGACCAAGAUUUCAUUACCGUCUCGCUGAGGUACAAGCGUGAUGAGACAGCAGCCGCCGCCGAUGAAGUCGUGCCUGUCGUGCCACCAACAGAUCCACAGGAACGCGCCCAUCUGUCCGCUCUGCAAGGCCAAGAGCCGGUCCCGGAACCCCAAGAAACCCAAGAAGAAAUAGUCGCCCCGCGCCGGACCAUCCACCCCCCUUAAUAUAAAUAACACACAAACUCGAUCACGACCCUACCUCGAGCCCCAUCGGUUUUGAUAAUCUUUCUAUCAAUUUUAAUUUCAUAAAAAAACUUCAUUUUGUUUAACGCUCGAACAUUGAGUGCUCUUACGAGGUCUUACGAAUAGCCCCCCCCUCUAUAAAUUGAGUCAGUUCGAUUGUAAAUUGUGAUUGAGUGGGAUUAUGUGUGUAUGAUAGUUGUACGUUAUUAUUUUAAAAUAAACGUUCGUGUACACAGUAGACGUAAGUACUUAAUUAAUAUAAAUAGUAAGGUAGAGUAGUUUGUGUAUUUAUUUAUUAAAACAUAAUCGUAAGAAUUAACCGGUGAAAUCGCAUCGUCGAUUUAAUAUAUUAAAUAUUUGUGUUCGGGCGAUGUCCUGUCUGUAUUUAUUUAUGUAUGUAUGUCUUAUAGACACUAUAGAGAUAGACGAUUUGUAUAUUGUAUGAACUUGUGUU